AUGGCCCUUCGCUCACUACUCAUCACGCUCGCUUCCCUAAGCGCACUGACUGGUGCAGCACCGCAACCUCGAGUGGACGUCAUUGAAGUCCGCGAUGAAAGUGGCGAUCUCGUCAGCAGACAACUGCCUACUAUUGAUGAAGACUAUGCUCCAAAGGACGUGGCUUGCCCAAACACUCAGCUGGUUCGACCUGCCAGUGGACUGAACUCCGACGAAUCCAAGUAUAUUCGAUCACGAAAGCCCAAAGCUGAUGCAGGCCUUUCCGCUUGGCUCGCGAAGAGGGGAAAGUUCUCGACCUCAUCGCAGCCACUAGUUGCCCUUACUUCCUCGGGAGGUGGCUAUCGUGCUCUGCUGGAGACUGCUGGCGUUGUGCAGGCCCUCGACGGUCGUGAUGGCAAUUUCAGCACGAGCGGAAUCUUCCAAGGUCUCACUUAUGAGGCCGGGCUGUCUGGCGGUGCCUGGUUUCUGAGUAGCUUCAGUGGCAACAACUGGCCUACUGUCAGCAGUCUUCGUGACGGCCUGUGGGAGCCGCAGUUCCAGGCUAGUCUACUACUCCCUGCGAACCUCCAGGGAACGGACAAGUACGCCGAAGUCACGACAGAUAUUGUGGCAAAGCAGCUCGCGGGUUUUGACAACACGAUUAUUGAUGCAUGGGGUCGGUUGCUCUCUUAUCAGUUCCUUUACGGCGAGGAUGGCGGUGACGAUAUUCGUCUGUCUACCCUGACCUCCUUCAGCAACUUCACCAGCUUCAACGUGCCUUACCCAAUUAUGACAGCACUUGGAGUGGACGACAGCUCAGAAGGGCAGUGUGUGCCAACCAUCAAUGCCACACAAUACGAAUUUGCGCCUUACGAGUACGGCUCCUGGGACCAAGGCGUAUCUGCAUUCGCUUCAACCAAAUACAUGGGAUCUGAUCUCACGAAUGGCCGACCGACCAAUGCUGGGAAAUGCAUCGAGCACUACGACAAUAUCGGUUACAUUUUCGGCACGAGCAGUGAUAUCUUCGUUGCUGCUUGCUCAGUUCUGACGCCCUCUAAUAGCAGCAAUGCAGAUCUGGCCAACUUCCUGCAGGAUAUCAUCAGCGUUAGCAAGCGUCCUGCCUUUCAAGAUCUUUUUGGAAUCUAUCCGAACCCUUUCUUCAACUACUCUCGAAGCACCACAGUGAAGAAUGAUAAGCUCAUUACUAUGGCCGAUGGCGGUUUGGCAGGUCAGAACGUGCCAAUCUGGCCCUUCAUUCAGCCCGCUCGCAAGAUCGAUGUUCUCAUUGCCAAUGAUAAUAGCGCAGAUACAACAGACAACUUUCCCAACGGCACAGAAAUCCGACAAACAUAUGAGAAUGCUCAGGCUGCUGGCCUGACUAGGAUGCCCUUCAUACCUGAUGUUGCAGAAUUUGUCGCAAAGGGGUUGAACAAACGUGCGGUGUUCUUCGGAUGCGAUGAGCCGAAUACGGUGUUCCUCAUUUAUUUGCCGAAUGUUAAUUACACGUAUCCGUCCAAUCAGCCCACAAGCAAGAUUCAGUAUUCGGUGGAAGAGACCAAUGGCAUGAUUCAGAAUGGCAAUGCGAUCGCAACACAGAAUGGCGACGCGAAUUGGGGUCUAUGCUUUGCCUGCGGGAUCAAAGCGCGAGAUGGAAGGGGCAAGCUGCCAAAGGGCUGCGAUGCCUGCUUCCAGAAGUACUGCUAUCGCCGCUAG